CGCGCAUGUUUGUGCGUAACUCAUCAUGUGAUGUAACACAUCGAUUCAAUCGUGAGUGCAGCAGCAGCAGCAGAAGGAGAAGGAGAAGAAGCAUGCUGGAGUAAGCAGCAGAUAUUUGCAUAUUAUGGAUUAGUGUUUAAAUUAGAUAAUUAUAAUAAUUCAUCCGGAGCUGAUUCAGGACCGGAGCUGUCCUGACGGAUGCUGCUGCUGGCGCGUGAAGGGAUGAUGCUGAGCUCGUGCUGCUGAAACCCUCUCUCUCUCUCUCUCUCUCUCUCUCUCUCUCUCUCUUUCUCUCUCUCUCUCUCUCUCUCUCUCCUCUCCUCCUCCUCCUCCUCCUCCUUCACACACACACACACACACGCACAAAACGCUCUGUCAUGGCGUCUUCCAACCAUGUUACCCCCACCAACUGUAGCUGGUGGCCCAUCUCAGCGAUGGAGGAAGACGGCAAAAUCACAGACGGGGAGGAGUGCGAAGAACCGACGGCAGAGCCCAAACCCUUCAAUAAAGACAGGCUGGUUCUGUACCACUGGACGCAGUCUUUCACCUCCCAAAAGGUACGUCUAGUCAUUAACGAGAAAGGUCUGGUCUGCGAGGAGAGGGAUGUAAGCUUGCCGCUGCAGGAGCACAAGGAGCCGUGGUUCAUGAGGCUGAACCUGGGCGAGGAGGUGCCCGUCUUCCUCCACGGCGACAACAUCAUCAGUGACUACAACCAGAUUAUAGAUUACCUGGAGAAAAACUUUGUGGGAGACGCCGUGGCUCAGCUGGUUCCCGAUGCAGACUCGCCUCUCCACGAGCGCGUGCAGCAGUACCGCCAGCUACUGGACGGCCUGCCCAUGGACGCCUACACGCACGGCUGCAUCCUCCAUCCGGAGCUCACCACCGACUCUAUGAUCCCAAAGUACGCCACCGCAGAAAUACGUAGGCACCUGGCCAACGCUGCGACAGAGCUGAUGAAGUUGGACCACGAGGAGCCUCAGCUGACAGAACCGUACCUGUCCAAGCAGAAGAAGCUCAUGGCAAAAAUCUUGGACCACGAUAACGUGAACUACCUGAAGAAAAUUUUGGGGGAGUUAGCCAUGGUUCUAGAUCAAGUGGAGGCUGAGCUGGAAAAAAGAAAACUAGAGUAUCAAGGUCAAAAGUGUGAGUUGUGGCUAUGUGGACCUGAAUUUACGCUAGCUGACGUCUGCCUCGGAGCCUUGUUGCACAGGCUCAAGUUCUUGGGACUUUCUAAGAAAUACUGGGAGGACGGCAGCCGGCCCAACCUGCAGUCCUUUUUUGUGCGCGUGCAAAAACGCUACGCUUUCCGCAAGGUCUUGGGCGACAUCCACACGACCCUCCUGUCGGCGGUCCUACCCAACGCCUUCCGGAUGGUAAAAAAGAAGCCGCCGUCCUUCUUCGGCGCCUCUUUUCUCAUGGGCUCGCUGGGCGGGAUGGGCUACUUUGCCUACUGGUAUUUAAAAAAGAAAUACAUGUAGUGAAUGCCCUCUUGUUGUGUUAAAUGUCUGUGUAUUUGUGUGACGUUUCAACUUUUCUGUAAUGUUUUAUGACUGCAGGAAAAAAAAACAUAAUGAAUCUAUAUAGAGAACACUAUUACUUACCUGGGUGAACAAAGAAUAUUAAAACAUUCCAUCAUAAGAAGUUCUUGACAGCACAUUUUCUGGUAAACAAGGCCUUCAUCCAGUUUAAUUUGUGGCGACUUGCCGCUUCUUGUGCCGGCGAGUCCUUGUUUAACUUUUUUUUUUGUUGGAGGCAUGCACCGGGUCCACUUAUACCGAAAAACCUAAAAAGUAGAAAACCCAGACAACAUGUUAAACACAGUAACACCAACAGGGGUUAACUGACCUUCGCAUGCCACUAUUAUAGUCAUCGCUCAUUACCUGCUCUUCACUCCUGAGGUUUAACCACGACAAAUGCUCUCUGAUAAAGAGCUGCGCUGCCAGAAACUGCCACGUGAAGCGAUGAAAGGAUGGAGGCGAACUUUAAGGGAAUUGUUUGACAUUUUGGGAAGUUUUCUUCCUCGUGUUCUUGCAGAGACUUCGAUGUUUAGAGCAAUAAUUCCCUCAGCUGUGACAAAAUCUGCCUCCCGGCACCUUUAAUGCUCCCUAAUUAACACUUCAUCUACAUUUGUUACCUGAGAUGUGAGACAUCGCGGCUGGUUGGCAGAUUUUGUUGCCUUUGCACCUCUCAUGUAUUAUCUUUAUAUUCAAAUCACAGUGCACAGAAGGCCGUUUAACAAGACUCCCAGCUGUUCUGCAUGCUAAAUAUGAAGUCGGAGGUAGCAGCUGGUUAACAUAGCUUACUGGGAACAGCAGGCGCUCUUAGUUUGCCUCGAGUCUUUCCCAUCUGUUGCAGAAUGCCAAAGAUCUUUCAGCCGGUUUUCCAAGUUGUGACUGUUGUUUUCUAACCCAGAGAUGACGGCGCGUCCUUGCUCUGUUUGUAAAGCACAAGCAAAGUGUUAUUAUUUUGUAUAAAAGUAUCAAAUAUUGGAUAUAUAUAUCACAAUAAAUGCUAAUAUUUUUGGGGGGAUUUUGGUUCACACUAUGCAAAUCGAGCAAGGAGAGAAGAGGUGGAGCUUGGAAAGCGGGUUGAAAAUGUUGGUUUAUUGUGCAGCGAGGUCCAGAGUCAGAUUUCCUGCAUAUUUUCAGGGAACAGCAGAUUUUAGCGCCCUCUGGAGGCCGUUCCCCUCUGCUCUCAGUCUUUAUGCUAAGCUAAAGAAAGAAGCUUCUGACUGUGGCAUCAUCUCCGACAGACAAACAGACAGAGUGGUAUCGAUCUUCUCAUCCGGCUCCUGGCAAAAACAUGAACAAGUGCAUUUCCCAAAAUGUCAAACUACUCCUUUAACUAAAUGUACACACAUUAAAUCACACACAUGCAUCCAAGAGUCUGUUUAUUUAGAGCACCACAGCGCACACAAUCACACACACACACACACACACACACACACACACACACACACACACUCUUUGUCGCUGAGCAGCAGCUGCUCGGACGUUACAAAAAAGUUUUCGGUGUUUGGAAAGUUACACUCGGCUGAACUCGAAGUCGAAUUUGUAAAUUCUGCAUCCUCUGUGUUGCGUUAGGUUUAGGAUGUGUGUGUGUGUCUUUGCAUGGGUUACUUCACUUUGUGAGUGUUUACUCGAGCAUUUCUUUGCGCCCGGAGGCAGAAUUUAUGAUCCAAACCCACAAACGUUCUGCAGCUCAUUGUAACCUUUGAAGCACCUGCACUGAGAGCAAUACUGAGCGAGAUCACCGGAUCUGGUUUUGUUUGUCCCCCCUGACAGAUGCAAGAUUGUUUUUAACAGACAGAUAUUUUUAAUUACACAUCGUCUCUUUUCUUUAUUUCACUGUGCUGAAUCUUUAAUGAGCUCGGAGCUUGAACAAACGAGCUGACUCAUCUGAAAGAUUGAGGGAGAGUAUGACGAGGAGAAAAGAAGAAGCCUCCCACCCUCCUCCACACCUUUCCUCCUUUGCCUCUCCAGCUGUCUCGUUGUUCGUUGAUGCAGUGCACCUUUCAUGCUCCACACUCUGUUCACCCUUAACGGGAGCCUUUCUGCUUCUUCCCCCGGUCAUAACCUCCAGGGUUUUAACAUGUUAUAAUUCUGCAGAUUUAGGUUUGUAAGCUGCUUUUGGUUUUAUGGCUGCUUAUACAGACAUUCUUGCAGUGUUUCUUUCUGUCAUUUCAGAGGAUAACGAAGGUAGUUUAUGAGCUUUUCCCUGUUUUCCUGCUACAGCUCCAAAAGAAAACUCGUCUCUGCAGGUGGUGAUCAGCAGCACGCUGCAGCUGAGGCAGAUUAUAAUGAACCAAAGACGAUAAUCGAUGCUCCUUUAAACAGCAGCGUCUCCUCGCUGAUGAUGAAGCUCGAUUCUCAUUCACAGAGCAGACGAGUAGAAGCUGGGGUUCAUUGUGUUCAGUUUGGUGUCUGAUAACGGAGAUACAGAGCGCAGCCGUAUAGAUCUUACUGUUUGGAAUCAAUCCUUUACGCCUGGAAGACAUUUGCGAUGUGCAUUAAAGGAAACAGGGAGGUUAUUUGUCUUCAGCAGUGAUGCAAAUGGCACAAAAAAAGAGAUGAAGACCUAAAAGUUUACAGACACGAAAUCCCCUUAAUUGUUAUUUAUGUCGACUUCUCGACGCUCAAACAUUCACCUGUUCUGUUACGUCGACAGACGACGCUGAGGGAAAGCGUCACGACCAGCCAAUCAUUGUGAACGCUUCGGUACGUUUUUGAUUAGAGCGAGCACAUCCGUCACUGCGACUCCACCCGCUGCUUCUUCUUCUGACUGACAUCAUGAAACCUAAAGGAGGCUUUGCUUUCAAAACACACACACACACACACACACACACACUCACACUCACACACGCAGAGUCGAGUUCAAGUCGAGAAAAAUCCUAGUUGUGAUUUGUGGCCAUUAUAUUUCACUAUAGUAUUUUUUUAUUUUUUAACUUUUCAUUUUUUAUAUUUUAUAUAUAUGUAUAUAUUUAUGGUGCUUUUUAUGAUGUUUGUUCAUGAGCCUUAAUUUAUUCAGUUGCCAUCAAUGACAAAUAAAUGAUGAAAAUGGAGAAAA